CGACCGUGCACUUAGGCGUAACGCGCUGCUCUUCGCUCUCGUUAACCCGGCAGCAUCACUCAAACCACACUUUCACACAAUCUCAUCACCAUGGCUACAUUGGCGGAACAUCCGGUCGUCGCACCGACAUCCUUCGAACAGGACAUCGAGUCCUUCCUCAACCUUGAUCAACUUGCCUACACCUCCGCCGAACCAGCCCGGGCCAAGACCGCCCUGGUUAGUCAGCCAACCCUUCCAAGCACCGAGUUCAACGCAGGCGAUGUACGAAGUGCUGGGUUUGCUUCAACGACAGCUCAACAAACACCGGUCGCAUUUCAAGGCCCCAGUCACCAGUAUGAUGAACACAAGCAGCAAACUGGCCUUCCCCCGGGCGCUCUGGCUCAUGCCAUGACAUUCAACAACCACAUGAACGGCAUGGGAUAUGGUGCUCCAAGCCCCGGGUUUGCGAUGAACGGAGACAUGUAUGCCGGCAACCAGCUGAAGCGCGAGGAUGUCCCCAUGGACUUCAACAGCCCCCCUAUGCGUAAUCCUUCUGAGAUGGACCUGGAGUCCGACAACAUGGGACCCGUUCCCGCUUACUUUAUUUCCCCCAACCCCAGCAACAAGAGUCAAUUCGUCGACCCCAAUGCUUUGGGAGGCCAUGAGGUUGUCCCGGCCUCCACCCAAGUCGGCCGCAUGUAUCCGGGUAUGCACCAGCAGCAGGCUGCGAUGGCCAAGGCGGCUCAACAACAGAAGCACCAUGAGUACCUUCGUCAGCAGCAUCUCCAGCAGCAGCGCCGUGUGGAGGAACACAUGCACCACAACGGAACCCCCCACAGCCAGACCCCUCGUCCUUCCAACCCUGCUGUGGAUGAACGGAUUUCCCGCCUUUUGCAACAAAUGCGCCAGUCUGCCAGCUCGCCGGAUGAUUCGCCCUCUCCCCCUUCGAUUCUGCCUCAGAUGGCCAAAGCCAAGAAGGAUGAGCAGGAUAUGGAUGAGGACGAGAGGCUUUUGGCCAGCGAAGAAGGAAAGAAGCUCAGCAGCAAGGAGCGUCGCCAGCUCCGCAACAAGGUCUCAGCACGUGCUUUCCGCUCUCGCAGAAAGGAAUACAUUGGCCAGCUCGAGAGCGAGGUUGCAGCCAAGACCAACGAAGCCCACGAACUACGUCUGCAGAACCGGGCUCUCUUCGAGGAGAACGCCCGUCUCACCGAUCUCGCCCGUAUGCUGUUGUCGUCUCCCCAAUUCUCCCAGUUUGUGGAUGAAAUGGGCCCCAACGGUCUUCCCCUGUCGAGCCAAAUGCAGGCCCAGGCGCACCCUCAGCACCACCAGCAGCACCAACAACCCCAGCAGCAACAGCAGCCGCAACAACAGGCGCCAGCCAUGUCGCAACCCCCCAUGCAGCAGGCUCCUCAAGUCAGCAUGGUCAUGGUUCCCAACCAAGGACUUGAUGUUUCUGCGAUGGGCCUCAACAACGGGGGUUGGAACUCGGGAAUUGAUAUGAACUUCGGCAAUGCUUCCGUCUUCGCCGUCUUGGAGGUCCCGGAGCCCGUCAUCGAUACCGAGGCUCUCUCUGGAAAGUCCGACAGCAUCAUGGACUCAUACCUUCCCAGCCUUCCCAGCUCGAAGGAUGAGGCUCCUGUCCUGGAGUCUUUGCCAUUCGUGAGUGAGGCCGAGCAGAAGUCGGAUAUUGGCGUCGAGAACCCCGAUGUGGAGAUCGAUGAGUCGGACCCUGCUUUUGCCCUCUUCGCCGGCCUGCCUGCCAUCCCUACGUCGCAAUGGUCUGGUGCUUCGAUCGACGGUGUCCUUGCUGAGAAGUCCGCCACUGUUUUCGAGCUUGUGGUCGAUUCUAAGGAUGCUGCCCAGCGUGUCGCCCAGCUCUGCCAUAGCAUGGAAGCCGCCUUCGAGCGCGUCUCCAUGAUGACUGCUCAUCUUUCAUGAUUCCCCAUGCCGCGCACUUUUGAGCCUUUUCCAUACUGUAAAGCUGGUUCUUCCUCUGGUAUCCAUCUUUUCGCUCGUGGUU